ACUCAGUCACCGCCUUGUUUGACUAUAAUGUCGUUGCUUGGGUAGGUCCAGAUUUUGGUAAAUUAUUACCGUUCCACACAACUGAAACCUCUUCGAGGAAGUAUAAGUGCCUGACUGUUACUCCAGACUGACGCAUAAAGUGUUUGUUUCACGAGGUUCGGGUUUUCCCGACGUUCAUCAACAUAAGUAGUAUCCCAUAAAUUUGCUUGUCAGAUUAUUUCGUUAAUGUGUUUCAUGUCAUGAGAUUUUCAGAGCUGUAGUUUCUCCUAAAACCGCAUUCUCUGAUCUUAUUCACAAAAAGCAGUUCAAAUCAUGCAAGUACGUACUUGUAUAGUGCCAUAAAAUUUCAGUCGUUUCGAAUUUCUUUUUUAGUCACGAUUAUUCCGUCUUAUAUUGAUAACCUAAGUUUGCUCAGAUGCCUGCCUACCUUCAUUACGUUGAAGGUUUUAAGUCAGUGAAGGCCUUGGUCUACCUAUCCAACUAAAAAGGCAUACAUAAAAUGUGUUGUUUAAUUAGUAAGUCAAAAGCCUGUGAGCGGCCGAGAUCUUUAUAGUUCUGGAAGUAAAAUAACGCUAAUAUAUACUCGUAGUGGUUGCAUUUUUGUUUCGUUCGAAUCCUAGUUAUGGUGGCUUAACUUCCAGUGAUUUACGUCAUAAAUUACGAAGUUGGUUGUUUGCAGUUAGUGUAGAUAACUAUUGGUCAAAAUAUCAACGUUCUUGACGUUGCAGUCACGGCCUAUAUUGACGUAAUAUUUCAAAUGUCCUUAUAAAUAACAUUUACUGGACCACUUCAGCUGCAGAAAUAUUUCUUCGGACAGUUCCAAAAUCGACUUUAACAAAGCAAGUACUUGUGUACGUUGCCAUCAAUAACAUGUUUUUUUGUGGAUUUUUAUCUUGUUAUAGUUUAAAUAUCACGGAUGAGCUGUUCGACUGCUAAGCCUACAGGGUUAGAUAUAUUGUUUCCCCAAAGAAUAUCCCUAACCAUGUAGAACGGAAAUUUUGUGUAAUUUCAGUGUAUGCAAUGAGAUUUUAUAUCUGUAAGUAUGAAUUGCUUGAUAUUAAUAGUUGCACAGUGCUUUUACACUCCCCAACAAGUAAAUAACUACCCAAUGGUGCUCGCAUUACAACCAUAUUGUGUCCGUUAUGUUUAAAAGUUUCGCUAAUAAAUCUUACGGAUUCAGUCAUUAAUGCCAGGUAGUUUGUAAGUACAUGAAUACUUCCAAGAAAAUGUUCGCGUAAACUAAUAUGUUUGCUAAGGGGUUGGAAAAGCUUAACCGUAGGAUAAUCAUGUUUUCGGAACUUCAUUCAAUGUGUUUUUAGACAACUCCCAGCUCCAAUUCAAAAGGGUUCAGAUGACUAUGGAACUGCUUUAAACUUGAACGUGGGUUCACGAGUCCUCGUUGCAAAAUCAACCAUCCCACCGUACGGACAUCGAAAAAACUGGGUACCACGCAAUCAGGAGGAUUUUUUAGAUGGAGGGGCGUUCCCAGAAAUACAUGUCCCUCAAUAUCCUCUUGGGAUGGGGCAGGAGAAAAAUGUAUCGAAUGCCUUGGUUAUCAAGACUGAUAAAGAUGGAAGAAUCAGAUAUGAUGAACUUGUUCGUCAAGGACACAGCAAAGACAGGAUCAUCUAUUCGAAGUUUUCAGACUUACUACCUAAACCGAUUGAUGAUGACGACCCAGAAUUCGACAAACCAAGUCAAGAGACUAUCGAAGAGACAACGGAAAAAACACGUAGAGCUCUAGAAUCAUUAGUGGAAAUGAAGGUUGCUGCUGCGGCACCUGUACGCCGAGCUGAAAAAACAAAUCCUGCUGAAUAUAUACGUUAUACACCAUCACAACAAGGUGCUGCCUUCAAUAGUGGAGCUAAACAACGCCUCGUCAGAAUGGUGGAAAUGCAGAAAGAUCCCAUGGAACCUCCUAAGUUUAAAAUUAACCAAAAGAUCCCUCGCGGGCCCCCUUCUCCCCCACCACCUCUAAUGCAUUCUCCGGCACGGAAAGUUACAGUAAAAGAACAACAAGACUGGAAAAUCCCCCCAUGUAUUUCAAAUUGGAAGAAUCCCAGGGGAUAUACCAUUCCGCUAGACAAACGGGUUGCUGCAGAUGGCCGUGGUCUUCAGACUGUUCAUAUUAAUGAGAACUUUGCAAAACUAGCAGAAGCACUUUAUACGGCCGACAGAAAGGCUCGUGAGGCUGUAGAAAUGAGAGCGCAAAUUGAAAGAAAAGUUGCUCAGAAAGAAAAGGAACGAAAAGAGGAGCAACUUCAAAGAAUCGCUCAGCAGGCUCGCGAAUCUCGAGCGGGUCUUCGUCGUCCUGGCGCAAUUGAAGGUGGAGACAAUGAUCCGGGACUACUUGACCGAGAAGAAUUACGGCGUGAUCGUGCACGAGACCGUGCUAGAGAAAGAAAUUUAGCUCGUUCUAACAAUGAAGCCAAGGCUAAGAUUGAAAAGGACAAAGAGCGAGACAUCAGUGAACAAAUUGCACUUGGACUUCCGAAUCCGCGAUUUAACUCAACAAGCGAGAGCUUAUUCGAUCAAAGACUUUUCAAUCAAUCUAAAGGUUUAGACUCGGGUUUUGAAGGAGGUGCGGAUGAUUUGUACAACAUUUAUGAUAAGCCAUGGAGAGGUGAUUCUGAAUUAGUAACCCAUAUAUACCGCCCACGCCAAAAAGAUACUGAUGCAUAUGGGACAGACCUUGAUGCACUUAAGAAGACUAAACGCUUUGUUCCUGAUCGUGAAUUUUCUGGAACUGAUCAUUCACGUCGUUUGGAUGGUCCAGUUCAAUUUGAGCGAGACGAGGAAGAUCCCUUCAAUCUUAGUAAAUUCUUAUCCAAAGUCAAAAAGGCCGAAAAACGCCCAGGUGAAGGUACCUCAGGAACAGAUAUCAGUAAUCGUGACACUACUCAUCGUAAAAGAGAUCGGAAAGAUUAAACCGCUCUUUUAUACAUUGUACAUAUUGUUUAUGAUGAAAAAAUACGCAAAGUAUUUUCUUGACUUUGUUGGUGAACUGUAGUUGCAAAUUAUGUCGAUUUGUUACGCUUUCAUUGAGGUUAAGAUACCUCCCUGUGUAUUUAAAGCCAAAUUAAAUUAAAUUGGAAAUGCUACAGUACAUAUUACUAGUCAAUAUUUCAUUGUUAAGUGUGUGUCGUUCUCUGUCAUCAUGGAAAUGUGUUUAUUGACUAACGUUCUAUUACUACAGUCGUUUGCAACAGU